AUGGCGUCGUCGCCUUUGCGGGCACCGGCGGCGGCUGGUCAACAGCAAUCGAGAUUGAUGGACAUGCAAAAAAAGUUCCAGCAGAGGCAUUUGGCCACCGUGGCGGCUGUCAAAGGCACCGUCGCUGGGUCCACGACGUCGUCAACUACCUCAUCGACCAAGACCACCGGAAGCGGUGAUCUUCCGGUGCCACCUGUCCGGCGGAUUGUCGGCGCCAUCGCCCCUGUGCAGCCGCAGCCGCCUCAGCGCAGACCAGCAGGAUCCGGAAGUGGCGGCGAUUCUGUCGUACAGGUCGACGUAAAGGGAAAGCAACAGUUGCAGCGACUGACGCCGCGAAUAAACAGCAAGACCGCGACGGUCGUGAAAAAACCACUGGCCACAGUCAACGGUAAUGUUGGCGGAGGUGGCGUGGGCCGCAUUGCUAAAAAGCCAACGGUCACGUCCAACGACUCCAACAGAUUGCUAUUGCCACCGGUCGUGCAGCCGACGGUGAUUAACGCGCUAGCGGCGGGUGCUGGUGCGGCCGCGGCAGUGGCCAGCGUGAACGCGGCCACGGUGGCCGGCAUCCAGAAACCGUUGGUCAGGGCGGCCAAGGUACCUCAAAAGCCUACCGCCACUCGGCGCGUAUCACCACUGCCGGCCAAGCCCGCCCCCCGACCGCCACCGGUCGUUAAGCGCGCCACGCCGGCCAAGGGGUCAUCACCACGACCACAACCCCUGAAACCGCAACUGUCCGCCGACAGGGGCCCACCAGCAAAAGGCAUGGCCCGGUGCCCGCUGUGUGCCAGAGACUUUGCGGCUGACAGGCUGCCCAAGCACGAGCAGGUGUGCCGGCGGACACGCGACCGUGACCGCAAGCGCAAGGUGUUCGACACGAGCAAAAAGCGGCUGGAAGCUGUGGCCGCUGAGGCCGGCGUGGACGUUACGUCGUUCAAGAAAAAGAGCCAAAAGGAGGACCAGCGGGUUGCCGAGAAGCUCCAGAAGAAAAAGGACGCGUGGCGCAGGAAACACGAUCAGCUGUUGCGCAACGUGCGGGCCGCGAGGGCCGUUCAGCGGCACCUGGCAGCGGGCGGCACAGUGAAGGACUUGCCGCCAGAGCUGGAGAACGUAGCGGACCAGGAUGACGAGGUCGACUCGGACCUGGUCAAGUGCCCCCACUGUGGUCGGACCUUCAACGAGGCGUCUGCGGAGAGGCAUAUGCCUUUGUGCGCUGACCGGCAGAGGAACGCGGCCGCCCGGAUGCAGAACAACAAGAAACGGUGA